GCUCUCAGCGCCGGGCUCCUCCUCCUCGUCUCCGCGCCUCCAGCAAGAUGACAGCCGGGCGGCAGCGGCGCUGGUGGCGGCGCGGAGAUUCCUCGCACCGGCUGGGGGUUAACCCGCCUCCCUUGUUUCUAACACUGAAACCAGAUUGUUUUAACUAAAGAUGGAAACACUGGAGUCAGAACUGACUUGCCCAAUUUGUUUGGAGUUGUUUGAAGACCCCCUCCUUCUGCCGUGCGCUCACAGCCUCUGCUUUAGCUGUGCCCACCGCAUCUUGGUCUCCAGCUGUGCCUCUGGUGAGCCUCUCGAGCCCAUCACUGCCUUCCAGUGCCCCACGUGCCGCUAUGUCAUCUCCCUCAACCAUCGGGGCCUGGAGGGCCUCAAGCGCAAUGUGACCCUGCAGAACAUCAUUGACCGCUUCCAGAAGGCCUCCCUGAGUGGGCCAAACUCCCCCAGUGAGAACUGCCGUGAGCGUCCCUACCGCCACAGCCCAACCAUGUCGGCGGGCGACAGGAUAGCCUGCCAGUUCUGUGAGCAGGACCCGCCGCGUGACGCCGUGAAGACCUGCAUCACUUGUGAGGUGUCCUACUGUGAUCGCUGCCUGCGGGCCACGCACCCCAACAAGAAGCCGUUCACCAGCCACCGCUUGGUGGAGCCUGUGCCGGAUGCGCACUUCCGGGGGCUGACUUGCCUGGAACAUGAGAAUGAGAAAGUGAACAUGUACUGUGUGGCUGAUGACCAGCUCAUCUGUGCCUUAUGCAAACUGGUGGGCCGGCACCGGGAUCACCAGGUUGCAUCCCUGAGUGAUCGGUUUGAGAAGCUCAAGCAAACACUGGAGAUGAACCUAACCAACCUGGUUAAACGCAAUAGUGAGCUAGAAAACCAGAUGGCCAAACUGAUACAGAUCUGCCAGCAGGUGGAGGUGAACACGGCUAUGCACGAGGCCAAACUGAUGGAGGAGUGUGAUGAGCUGAUGGAGAUCAUCCGUCAGCGCAAGCAAGUGAUUGCUGUCAAGAUCAAAGAGACAAAGGUGAUGAAGUUGAGGAAGCUGGCCCAGCAGGUAGCCAAUUGCCGACAGUGCCUGGAGCGGUCGACUGCCCUUAUCAACCAGGCCGAGCACAUCCUGAAGGAGAAUGACCAUGCGCGGUUCCUGCAGACAGCAAAGAACGUGGCAGAGAGGGUCGCCAUGGCAACAGCAUCCUCUCAAGUUUUGAUACCCGAUAUCAAUUUUAACGAUGCCUUUGAAAACUUUGCUUUAGAUUUUUCCAGAGAGAAGAAACUGCUGGAGGGGCUGGAUUAUCUAACAGCACCCAACCCACCGUUAGUCCGUGAAGAGCUUUGCACUGCCUCCCAUGACACCAUCACCGUCCACUGGAUCUCGGAUGACGAGUUCAGCGUCAGCUCAUAUGAACUCCAGUACACCAUCUUCACUGGCCAGGCCAACUUCAUCAGCCUGUACAAUUCUAUGGACAGCUGGAUGAUCGUCCCCAACAUCAAGCAGAACCACUACACAGUGCACGGGCUGCAGAGUGGCACACGAUACAUCUUCCUCGUCAAGGCAAUAAACCAGGCUGGCAGCCGGAACAGCGAACCUGCCAGGCUCAAGACAAACAGCCAGCCCUUCAAGCUAGAUCCCAAAGUGGCUCACAAGAAGUUGAAGAUCUCCAACGACGGACUCCAAAUGGAGAAAGAUGAGAGCUCCUUGAAAAAGAGCCACACUCCUGAGAGGUUCAGCGGCACAGGAUGCUAUGGUGCGGCAGGCAACAUUUUCAUCGACAGCGGCUGCCAUUAUUGGGAGGUGACGGUGGGCGCCUCCACCUGGUAUGCAAUUGGAGUUGCCUACAAAUCAGCCCCCAAGAACGAGUGGAUUGGCAAAAACUCCUCCUCCUGGGUCUUCUCCCGCUGCAACAACAACUUUGUGGUGCGGCAUAACAACAAGGAGAUGCUGGUGGACGUUCACCCACAGAUGAAACGCCUGGGCAUUCUCCUGGACUACGACAACAAUAUACUGUCCUUCUAUGACCCAGCCAACUCCCUCCACCUCCAUACCUUUGAGAUUUCUUUCAUCCUGCCCGUUUGUCCCACCUUCACUAUUUGGAACAAAUCUCUAAUGGUCAUCUCGGGUCUGCCUGCCCCGGACUUUAUAGACUACCCUGGACAGCAAGAAUGCAACUGCCGGCCUCAAGAGUCCCCAUAUGUAUCAGGGAUGAAAAGUUGUCAUUGAGGAGUCAAGAAGGCCCUUCCCUUCCAGCUCAAGUCUCAGGAACUACUGCGCAACUAGACUGGAAGGUGGGCUCCUGCAUCCUGUUGUGGUUAGCAGCAACUCACCGCAUUGGGCUAGCUUAUAUCCCAAGGAAAACCCACCUCUUUGCCUCUUUGGCGCACUCUGUUGGAGGAAUGUGGGUGGGGUGUUUCAUGGACUGAAUUUUAUUUUAUUUUAUUUUUUGGUAGCACUACUGAAUUUUCCCCAAUGGAGUUGGCAUGUCUUGUUCAUUUCCUCGUGGGAAAAGAGUGUCACGGCAGGGCUUGGGGUGGGUCAGUCCUUCCCGAUGGCCAGGUAGCUGGUAAGCAAGACUUUUUUUUCCUUCUGUAUGGAAAGAGUGUUCUUAGGGCACCUAGGAGUUUCCAGCUUGCCAUUUUGAGAGGGCCAAACAGAACUGGAACCAAAGCCAUUACCUAGAAAACACAGGAUUGUCUUGCAUAUUAACAUCAUAGGUAACAAUCUUACAGGUGGGUCAUUCUGUCCAUCUGCAGAUGUUGUCUCUGCACGUUUAGACCAUGGUCAUAUCCACAUCAUAGAUUUAAAGCACCCUUGUACCACUUUGAACAAUCAUGGCUUCCCCUAAAGAAUCCUGGGAACUGUAGUUUGUGAAGGGUACUGAGAGUUGUUGGGGGCGACCCAUAACACACUACAAUUCUUUGGGGAACUGCUAAAGUGGUAUAACAGUUCUUUAAAUCUACGGUGGUGAAGUGACUCGUGUGGAGGAGAGAGCAGGACCACACCUGAUGGCCCCACUUCUGGCAUUAUAGUGCCCCACCAGCCCCACCCUGAGUCUGUAUAUGCAUAGGCCCUUUGUGCCAUUGGGAAUUCUGAUCACAUGAGAACCUACACAAGUACAGCUGUGUAAUCUCUUCGCAGACAUUAUGUUGAGCAUGCAUAUGGCAAGGAGCCUCUUGGGUGUCGAACAUCAAGGGCGGGGCCAACAGGCGAAGUCCUGCUCCUUCCUCUGCAUAUCAUCCUGUACUCAUCAAGUAAUGUGAAGAAGCUGUGUGCCAAGGAUAGGAAACCUUUGGCCCCUUUGGUGGACUCCAACUCCCAUCAUACCCCUGACUAUUGGCCGUGCUGGCCGGGGCUGAUGAAAACUGGAGUCCAAUCACAUCUGAAGGCCACAGUUUCUCCAUUCCUGGAAUAAAGACAUGGAGGCAAUGUCUACAGAGGACUCUUUUGUAAAUGCGUUGUAUACGUGCUUGGCAAGUCACGGCUUCCAUGCACGUUUAGGUGUGAUGAAAAACCCCACGGCUCUGAUGAUCGCAUGGGACAGUUUACAGGCAGAUUGAUUUUGUUCCCUGCGCAGAAGUGCCUUUCAUGUAAGAAUUUUGUGAACAUAUAAACAGCCCAGAGUACUACAAAGAACAUGCUCGGUUCAGAAACGGGUGAAGCAGUCUAUGAAGUCUGGAAGUCUAUGACUACUGUAGCGUAUUCUGAGAUACAAAGCAGUGGCCCUUUUCUCCCUGGGCCACAGAGACUAUUCCAAAUGUGUCUUGCUGUCUGAGCUACACUUGGCGUGAGCUUUAUCAGAGGGAAAUGGGAUUUUUUUCUUUUUAACGUGCAUUUAAAGCAUAAGAAGGAAAGUUUAGAGCACACUCCUUUUUAACCUUGGAUCCCGACUGGUAGAGGCCAAAAGCAAUCCACAGGUCUUUGUGUUUGCUUCUGACCAAUCUAUUGACUCAGACCAUUUGAUCUGAGGUAGGCUCUCCGUAGAGAAAACCCGAAACACUGGUGUUCACUGGAACUUGCUGCUUCCUUGUCCAGAGGCUCCUGUCUCUCUCCGGCUGUGUUCAACACAUAUCAUCUUUGUUUUUCGGUCUGCAAAGAGUAUCCCAGAGGAAUGGAGGAGCUGGGAAGCCUUUGGAACAUCCCAAGAGCUGCUGAUUUUCAGAACUGUUGUACCAGAUGACACAGGAACCCGAAGAAGGGGCUUGAGUGGGAAUUUUAGGCACAGACACUGUAUAGAGCAAAGUGAAAGGCAUCCUCCUUUGCCCAACACAAGCAAAUGGAAGAUGGCACUGUGUGUGUGCUUUUUUUCCUGGGUGGAGAGAGGGUGGGUGAGUGGGCACUGUAGCUGUAAAAUCCUGUGAGUGAAAUGUACAGGUUCACCCCAUGUUGGUUUCAGGCCUGGUGCCCAGCAAGUGGCUUUGCUCUGUAUGAAAUCUGUUGGGGACCAUGCAAAGGGAACCCAGAUUGAAAUGGCGGUCAGCCAUGUAAUGAUGGCAUUUAGGAGUUUGCAAGAGUUACCAUCUUUCUUUACAGCAAGGGAGAGAUACCUUGCCCCUCCAGAUGUUGUUGGACUCCAGUUUCUGUCAGCCCCAGCCAGCAUGUCCAAGAGCCAGGAAUGAUGGGAGUUGUAGUCCAGCAAUAUCUGGAGGGCCACAGGUUCCUCAUCCCUGCUUUAGAGGUAAUCGCCACGUUCCAUUGUUGGGUACCCCAUGGCUAUGGGCAGGAUCCUGAAGCACAGUUUUGUGCUUGCUGCUAAAUUUAUUUGCCAGAUUCAUAAGACAUGGCUGCCUUCAAUGUCUUUCUUCAAGUUGUGUGAUUGAGAUGGAUCCGUGCUUUAAAAACAGGCAAUUUUUAGUUGCUUCCUCUGAAGAGGAAACAUAAGGCAUUGGUCUUCAACUGGUGAAUCAGGACCCACUACCAGGUCAUGGCCUGAUCUAAAGUGGGUCACAACAGCAGUAUUACCACCAUGCAAAUACAGGGCAAAGAAUUAAUAAAAGAAUCCCCAAAUGCAUAUUGGAGUUAAAGGUGGGUCCUGGGUAUAAAACAGAUUGAGUACAUGAACCCAGGGAGCCCCCACACACACACCAAAAAAUCCACAUGCCUGGAAUUAUUUUGCAUUUGGAAAUCCAGGAUCAGCUUGGGUUGAAUCCAGUGCUAGUUCUACUUAGAGCAGACUCAUCGAAAUUAAUAAACAUGGCUAACUUCGGUUCAUUAAUUUCAAUCCUGCAAUUCCAUUGUGCACGGUUUUGCACAGAGUCCAAUAGUCUGUCUUAAUAUCUGAGAAUCACAACUUUUGUUGAAAAAGGUGGGGAAAGGGUAACUAGCCAUCACAUGUGAUCAAAGAGACAUUUGAAAGCAUAGAGCCAAAAAAAUCUACACGGAGCGCCACAGUUUAAGAGAUAGAAUACCCUUUCAGGGCUUUCCUUUCUCUACCAGGUGCCCCCAGUUGUGCUUCCAGACCACAACAGAUUCUCACGUCUCCUGGCACCACCCUCUUAUUGGACUCCUCCCCCCCCCAAAAAAAACUCCUGCAAAAUUUCCAGUGCUCAGAUUGAGCCACUAAAGCUUUGCAAGACAAAGAAGUUCUCUAUACAAAUGUAAUAAUGUAUUUGCAUCAAGAAAGUCCACAUUCUGAAGUCAGAGUAGAUCAUGCAGAGUUUGCGGGGUGGGGGGUAGUUGAAUAUCUUCUCUGAAUAGCAACAUUCCCUCCCCCUCCCCCCCCACCAUCCAUCUCCCAGAAAUUUUAUUUUCUAGAGGGGAAGGAUUUGGCCUGCUUCCCUGUCCCUUCCUGUUGCUGGUAACUAGGCAGGUAGAAAUGCAUUAACACAAUACUGUCUCCUUGCUCUGCUUUUUGGUUUGCCUAGGUCAGCUUUUCCCAGCUUGGUGCCCUCUGGAUGUCUUGGACUACAACAAUGGCUGUGCUGGCUGGGGCUGGUGAGAGUUGUAGUCCAAAAGCACCUGGAAGGGGCACCAAGUUGGUGAAAGUUGGCAUAGGGCCACAUGGUCCUGCUGUAACAUUUAAAUCUCUCCUUCCCUAGUUCUCUGCCCUUCUUUUGGCUGAUCACAUGAGAGAACUGCCUCAUGGCAUGCUGCUAGGCAGAAUUAAAAGCCAAGUCAGUCCCUUCGGGUUUGUAUUUGGUGUCAAGUGAGGAAGACAGAAACAGUCUGAUAAAGGGUGAGGCUUUGCACAGAUUGCUGGUAACUGGAGUAAGAGUGGCCUCUUGUCUGAUCCAAAAGACAAGUGCCCUUGUUUCCUCCCCGCUCCCAAUUUGGACCUGUACAGAAUUUUCUUAGGGAUGCAGGUAGCCUCUGAUUGACUUGUUGAGUCUUUUCCUGGCUUAAAAUAAUUACCCUAUUGCAGCCUCCGUGUGUCCUCUAUGUAUUCCCAGGGACAGGGAACCUGUGGCCCUACAGAUGGUGCUGGAUUCCAGCAGCCCCUGCCAGCAUGCAAAAUAGUGAGGGAUGAUGGGAGUGUAAUCCAGCAACUUCUGGAGGGCCAAAGGUUCCCCAUCUUUGGCAUAUACUGUACAUGUGUAAUACUAUACAGGUUUGUGGCAGCUGAGCCUGGAACACCACGUGCCCCAAGACAGCCCUAGGAAGCUAUUCAAGAGUUAUGCCUGACGUUUUGUUUUUGACUUUUUUAUUAUAAUUUUUUUUUAAAAAAAAAGUUGGGUUGUAUCUAAGUCCUUCUCUGAGUAGACCCACUGAAAUUAAUGAGCUUAAGUUAGUCAUGUCCAUUAACGUGAGUGGGUCUACUCAGAGUUGGACUAGCAUUAGAUACAACCAUUAUGUGCCUGUCCAAAUUCAAGGCAUGUAGCAAGUCCAUAUAUUUAGGAAUCAGGUAGUUCCUGGGCUAGAUCUGGCCCUCUUGACAGGUGCUACCUGGCCCACCCAAUUGCUAGGUGCAGGGCAGGUAUGGAGGGGGCUGUGGCAUUUGCCAGCAGUCCAUGAUGGAAGAUUCAGGGAUGCCCUGGCCCUCCAGCUCACUCACCAUCCGGUGGGUCUUGGGGGAAAACCACCUUGGGCUCCUGCUGGGACGAAGGGUGGGGUAUAAAUCAAAUAAUAAAUAAAUAAAAAUGGGUUGGUGACCCAACUAAGGUGGUAUGCCUGUUGCUGGGUUGUACCCCUUUGGAGAAUGGGUCUCUUCUAGGGUCUAAAUGCUCCUACAUGCAAAUCCUCUGUACAUGUACUAAAAAAUGCACCAGAGAGCUACUUCUCUCUAAGAUGCUACUUUUCUGUGUGGAGUGCCCACCUGAGGUCCAAAGUGGUACAGCCUGAACCGGUCUGCCACCUCAGUGAGGAUUAGAAAUCAUAUGCCCAAUAAAAUCAGCUUAAUCAAUACUAACGAACUUUCCCGAAAGAGACACUCUUUACAGUAUUUUUGAAGAAUAUGAUUAGUCAGACUUUGGCAGGGUUUUUUUGUGGGGGGGAGGGAGCAAGAUAGAAUCAGAGUCACUGCAAAGAAAGCCACUGCCUGCCUUUUGCUUGGAUGAAUGGUGCUGUGUCAAUCAAGCCUAUGGCCCUCCAAAUGUUGUCGACCUCAGUCAGCAUAGCCAGUGGCCAGAGACAAUGGUGGGAUGAUGCCUAACAACAUUUGGAGAGCCGCAGGCCUUCACUCCUGUGCCUAGAGCUGCUUCAGAACUGUAAUGAAAAGGUGGACUUGGACUUAGAAGGGGGGAGAGCCCCUUGUCAGUGGAGCAGUGGAAUCCACUCUCGGGCUUUAGUCCAAAUUUUCAAGGCACUGGCCAAGGUGCUGAAAGCAUCACCCUUCAUCACCAGUCUGGGCUAUUUUACAUUGCCUGUCUUCCCUCUGCCAUCCAAGGGGCUUUGAUUCAAACCACUGCGGGCACAUUGCUUUGGGGGCCCUGUUUUUAACCAGCUGUCCUCCCACCUCUUCUGCCUGUCACAUCACACAGCCCACAUGGCUGCUCUUUGGCUGCACUGUCUUCGGAGGUUUUUGGUUGUGAAGGCGUUUGAGCGCCUCUGGAGGAGAAGGAAAGUCCAGCAGGGGGUCUCCAGCGUGCACAAGUGGAUAUGUUCUGAAGCUGGCUGCUGUGUUAGCAGUGAGGGAUGCUUUUUCAUCAGCUCUGAAUUGCCUUUGCUAAUAGCAAUAGUGUCAUGAUCAUUUCUCCGAGGGGCAGGAGAUCAGACAGAGCCAAAGCCCUUCCCUGGCAGUGUUUUUCCCACUUUGUACAUUUCUAAGAGUUUCAGAGGCUGACUGCUUAGUGAAAGCAAGAUAAGAUACUGCAGCUGCAAGCAAAUGGCCCUUCCCUUGUCAUGGGAUGGAGAGAGAGAGAGUGAGAGAGUGUGCAUAUCAACAUUGUGGGGAAAGAAACAUCUGCUCAAAUCACUGGUGAGGAGGAGCGGACUUGGUAUCUGAGAGCAUCACCUGCCAGCUUCACAGGCAUUUGGACACUGAUGUCUGCUUUCCUCUGCAGCUAAACACAGUGUAAAGAGAUAAAAAUUGUCACCUGGUGCUUCAAGUCUUUCUCUUGGAGGGCCCGGUCACAUCCCCACUCAAGAUCUCUACAUGUACAGCUGGCUGGGGUUGUAGUGACAAAGCAGGCUUAUUUUUCCUGGUCCCCAUGGCAGCAUUGAUGAGGAUUGCUAAGGGAGGCUACAUGGCCUCCAUUAAAUCUUGAACGCAAAGGGCCAUUUAAUGUGACUCUUGGUGGGGUUUACACUGAUUAAAGUCACCCCUCUGGCAACGGACGGGAAGAGGCAACAAGUGGUGAUGGCUUGGCAGUGCUUACAGUUGUGGUCCAGCUAGUGGAGAAUUUUUGUUUCUUUUCCCUUUGCUAGGAUACCAGUCACAGCCCUGUUCUGCACCAGCAAUUCGAUGAAAGCAAGCUGGCCAGGCACCUGUGUCAGACCUCUCUCUCUCCCCAUUUUAACAGUGUGUCCAGUUUGGGCACCUUCUUCAGCUGCUGUUUGCCUAUUAACCUCAGGUCACAUCUGCACUAUACAUUAUGCACAUUUAAUGCACAUUUAAAAUGCAUGGCUUCCUUCCAAGAAUCCUGGGAGCUGUAAUUUACCACUCACAGACCUACGGUUCCCAGCACCUUUAACAAAUUGCAGUCCCCAGGAUUCUUUGAGAGAAGCCAUGUGCUUUAAAUAGAUGGUGUAGAUAUAACUUUAGUGUUCCUAGCAGCCAGUUUGCAUAUGAUCUGAUCUGCACCUACUAAUGUAUAGCAUCCUAUGAACAUGGAAACAUCCAGUGGUGAUAAAAGAGAUCCUGUGUCCAUAAGGACAGAGAUCUCUGGCACAGGGGGACUAUGUGGUAUUGACAUGGAAAUGCUCUGUGUUACAUGUGGAGUUUCCAUGUACCAGAGUCACACCUUUCAGGGAAGUGACUCACACCGGGGUCAGGCAAUGCGUAGCCCAGUCCUUAGCAAACCAUCCGAUUGGUGAAAUGUGUUAAAUGUGACAUGGCAUCCCACCUUGGCCGGUAGCGACGUCCUCAGCAUUUCUUGGAGUCACAAGAUGGCACCACUUCUGCUUUCAUCCCCUGCCUACUUUGGCUGGGCUAAGAAAAACUUGGGACCCUUGGCCGAAGCCCUUGUCGAGCUUUCUCUGGAGACAUCUGUUGGCUCUUCCUUGCCCUAGUGCUGCACCUGGCUACUUGUAUCAUAUUAGCUGCGAUGUAAUCUGAUUUUGGGGAUGUGGUGAAAUUUUGGUUACCGUGAAACCUGUCGGACUUUCUUUUCAUAUGUAACAUAACUGGGGUUUUGCAUUUUCUUUGU